GCAGUAACAUAAAACACAUAUAAGCUUUAUUUUUUGUGCAAUUUCGAAACUAGUUUUGAAGCACUUUGAAUUUUGCUACGCCAAAUCGCUUGUAACGUCAUUAAAACUAUAAUUUUAAAUAUAUCUAUAUUUAUAUACAAAGUUUGUUUGUAGAUUGCACUCUAAUGAUUGGUGUAUAAUUUAGUGCAAUUUGCGUUGAGUUAAAUUCUCUUUUCCUUAGUCUUUCGCAUGUCUAAAGCGAUCGACUGAGUUACCAGGUUUGGAGAAACUAAAUGUUGCAAAAAGAGAAUUAUUGGUGGAAUAAAAAACUCGAGUAAACGGCUUCUUCUAAAACAGCUACAAUAGUCGAUCAAACGCCUCGAAAUUGUUAUAAUCUGUGAUAAUGGCGAUCCGCGAUUAGACGCUCGGCGGCGCAUGUUUAGCGACAAUGACAUUGCGAGAAUGAAAAGAAGCGUAGCGCGGCGUUUUAUUCGCUCACACACUCUCUCAUAAUACCUUCGAACCGUUCAGAAAACUGCUGAUUUGCAGUCGCAAAACUUCGGUCGUGUCGAAGCAGCCUCGUAGAUGUAGAUCGUGCGCUCGCUCGAUUCUCCCCUUCUUUUUUACGUGCAUAUAUUUACGUGGUUCGAAAAUUGCUGCGGCGGCAAUUUUUUGGAAAGCAAAUCUUGAAAGGAGCUAAAGAGAGCAGCAGAAAUUUGAAGAGAUCCCGCCGACUCAAAAGAAAAUCGAAAGAGUUGAAACGUCCGCCAAUCGUCGACCCUGUUUACGAGUUUACCUUCCCGCCAUCAAUGAACAUGCUGAUCCGACAGUACGCCCGACGCGGUGCCAGCGCUCGUCGUCCCGUUAACGCUGCAAAAGAUCUUCUGAAAACAAUGCCGUGCCCUUUCUUGACUCGUCUGUCCGCAAACUACGUUCGCAAUUACGGAACGUCCCUGAUAAUGAAUUACCGGCAGCUCUGCCCAGUGAUGUCAAGAUUGUUCAGUACGAUGACGGAGUCGGAAGAGUCUCAGCCGAUUCCCGAGCCUAUACAGAAUCAGUGUCCUUUCUUGUCCAGAGAGCGGGACGCCGUCAAGAAAGCCAGUCCAGCGAUGGAGGAAGAUGUUAUCAAUCUAGGUGAACAGAAGGAAGAGGGGGCGCAGUUCCCUUAUGAGGAAUUCUUCCACGAGCAAAUUAUGCGUAAGAAGAAGGAUCAUUCGUACCGGGUGUUCAAGAAGGUGAAUCGUCUGGCUGAAAACUUUCCGGUAGCCAUGGAAUACUCAUGGGGCGAGAAACCGAUAACCGUAUGGUGCUCCAAUGAUUAUCUAGGAAUGUCGCGUCAUCCCGCGGUGAUCAACGCGGUCCGAGAAGCGUUGGAUAAGUUUGGCGCUGGUGCCGGGGGUACGAGAAACAUCUCGGGCAACUCCAUGGGUCAUGAGAAGUUGGAGAAGCGGCUGGCGCAGCUGCACGAUAAGGAAGCCGGUUUGCUCUUCACCUCCUGCUUCGUUGCCAAUGACUCCACUCUGUUUACGCUAGCCAGAAUCCUGCCAGGUUGCCACGUGUUCUCCGACGCCGGGAAUCACGCCUCCAUGAUACAAGGGAUAAGAAACAGCGGCGUGCCGAAGCACAUAUUCCGGCACAACGACGUGGACCAUCUGGAGGAGCUCCUGUCGAAGGUGGACAGAAGCGUGCCAAAAAUCGUGGCGUUCGAGACGGUGCAUUCUAUGACCGGCGAUAUUUGCCCGUUGAAGGAGUUGUGCGACGUCGCGCACAAGUACGGGGCGAUAACGUUCGUUGACGAGGUCCACGCGGUCGGUCUGUACGGCUACACCGGCGCCGGUAUCGGCGAAAGAGAUUGGGUGCUUGACAAAAUGGACAUUAUAUCCGGUACCUUGGGAAAGGCCUUUGGCAACGUGGGCGGCUACAUCGUUGGUUCCGCGAGGCUGAUUGAUAUGAUAAGAAGUUACGCGGCCGGCUUUAUUUUUACCACUUCGCUACCGCCCACCGUGCUAUACGGAGCCUUGACUUCCGUCGAGAUUUUGGCAUCGGACGAGGGCAGGUCAUUGAGGACGAAUCACCAGAAAAAUGUGGCCUAUAUGAAGUCUAUUCUUACUGCCGCCGGUCUUCCGUUAGAACCGUCGCCUUCUCAUAUAAUUCCAAUAAAGAUAGGAGAUCCAUUGGUGUGUAGCCAGAUAGCGGACCAUUUAUUAAGAGACAAAGGGCACUAUGUGCAAGCUAUAAAUUACCCUACGGUUCCAAAGGGCGAAGAGAAAUUAAGACUAGCUCCAACACCGAAACACACUCGGGAUAUGAUGGAUAAAUUUAUGCGGGACACGUUGAAUGUUUUUCAUCAACUGAAUAUAUCCACCAAACCGAACGAUGCGCCGCGUGCUAUCCUGGUUCAUUGACGAAUGUAUAUAUAAUACAGAUGAUUAUAUCGUACAAACGGAGUCUAUCAAUGUAUAGAGUAUUUAUUUAUCUAGCCUGGUUCACACAUCAGUUGUGUUUCAGCAACAUGUGCAAUUAUCAGUAUAUAAAUUCCUGGUAUAUCAAGGUUAACAAUUAACAGAGGUUUAAAUAAAGUGUUAACUGAUAAAUUGCA